UCGAUAACGUGUCAUGUAGAAAUUGGCAGAGUUAUUCGCAACAAUUCGCAAAACCUACAAAGUAUGAGCGAGAACUACUUACUGUUGUAUAGUGUGAGAGUGACAAAAUUGGCUCGAGGGAAAUAUGCAUGAUUGAAUAUAGUUACAAGCUGAAAUGCAAGUUUUAAUAAAUAAGACUUAAGAAGAAACACUGCGUUUAAUUUGCAUUUAAUCACGAAGUGUAAAGUGAGAUGAAGCAGAUAAGCAGAUAAAACGCUUAUAACAAUCUAUAUAUGGUAAAAGGAUAUGACUUAUCAUGAUAUCACUUUUUCGCCUAGUCAAAUGCAAGAUUUGAUAGCACGCUUGUAUCACUGCUCUGUAAAUGUAACCUAAAUGAUAGCCAGCAAUAAUCUACCGAAAGAAUUAUAACAAAUUUGUGGGAAUGGGCAAUUGUUUGUGUAAAGACAGUCCAGAACUUGAGACAUGUGGCAAUAACAGUCAUGCGGAAACUCAAAAUACCAUAAUACCAGAACCAAACAUAUGUAUAGUCUCACCUAGUGAUUCAGCAUCUCCUUCUUUUAAAUUUCCCACAUCAGCAAAUAUUGACAAACUUGUAUUAGAAACACUUGGAAGUCUUGAUACUUUAGUAGAUAAUGAUCAUGAACCACCACCAGCAAUGUUAAAAUUAAAUGCUAUUGCGGACAAGGAAGAUGGUUGGAUACAAGUAGUUAGUUCUAUGGUCAAUGUUAUUCCAAUGCACAAUCCAUUGGGUCCUUCUGUUAUAAUAUUACUAUUAGACGAUUGCCCUUUACCUUCAAAGGAUUCUGUGCUACGAUUAUCGCAUAUGUUUCAAUUGUCACAAAAACUUGGGCAAAUACAAAUUACAACUACACAGCAACGUAAUAUAUGUGUAGUACUUGGUUGUAUUGCAGAGAAACUUGCUGGUCCUAGUAGUAUAGCAAUAUUAUCCGAUGCUACUUUAGAUUAUUUGGUUUCAAAUCUACGAGGUGAUGUCGAGCCUUAUGUAAUGUUAUAUUCUUUAAUAGCAUUAGAGAAGUUUGCACAGACAAGUGAGAAUAAGGUAACUAUUAAGAAACGUCUUAUGGCAGAAAAGCAAAAUCCAUUGCUAGAACUAGAAAAAUGGGCUGUUAUGGAAACACAUUAUGUACGCCGUCAAGUUGGUUUCUGUGCACAAUGGUGUUUAGAUAACUUAUUUUUAAUGGAAGGUAGAAAGUAUUCCCACGACUCGGUUGAUGUAACGGGUAUUAAUGUGAUGUUAAAUACGAAAGAUGUAAGCGAGUACCUGAAAAUAUCACCUAAUGGUUUGGAGGCACGAUGUGAUGCAUACUCUUUUGAAAGUGUACGAUGUACAUUUCAAGUAGAUUCCGGCAUAUGGUAUUAUGAAACGCUGAUAAUAACUACAGGAGUGAUGCAAAUUGGAUGGGCCACGAAGGAUAGCACGUUUCUGAAUCAUGAGGGAUAUGGCAUAGGAGAUGAUAUAUUUUCUUUGGCCUAUGAUGGCUGUCGCAGACUGAUUUGGUAUAAUGCACGAAGUGAAAAAUUUCACGAUAGACCAUGCUGGAAAUCUGGUGAUAUUCUGGGCUGCUUAUUAGAUUUAAAUAAAUUAGAGAUAAUAUUCUCUAUCAAUGGUGUACCACUUAAACCAUGUAUUCAAGUAUUUAAAACAGUAAGGUCUGGAUUCUUUGCAGCGGCUAGUUUUAUGUCAUUUCAGCAAUGCCUUUUUAACUUUGGGAAUGUACCUUUUAAAUAUCCACCCACCGAUCGAGAAUUUCAAAAAUUUAACGACUAUGCUAUAUUGAAACCAGAAGACAAAAUCAUACUUCCUAGACACAUAUAUCUCGAUCAAUUACGAAGACUUAGCGUUAGAGAAGAUUCUUGUACAUUAUGUUUUGACCAGAAAGCAUCAAGAAGGUUACUACCAUGUAACCAUAGAGGAUUUUGCAAAACGUGUUCGGAUCUACUGACUGAGUGCCCAAUGUGUAGAGCUACUAUCGAAGGACAAGCAUAUGAUAACAUAUGCUCUGAUAACAUAUGACAUCGAUCAUAUCACAUCAACAUUUACCAAUUCUUUUAUCACUUCUCUUAUAUCGUACAAUUUUCAUGGGAACGUCACAAGAUAAUCAUGAUUAUGAUAGAUAGUUAUUUGCGCUGUAUAUUAUAUACAGUUAUCACAUGUUCUGUGGCAUUUUUCUUACAAUACAAUGCAUUAAAAGAUAAAAAGGAAUUAAAGGCUAUAGACAAAGGAAUUUCAUGAUGGUACGUUAUAAAGAUUUAAACAAUUCUGUGGUUUAAAAGUCAAAAGCGUUAAUUGGAGCGCAAAUAGAGGUUUUAUGAAAAAACAGAACAUUCUUCUUGAAAUUUUUCCAUACUUUUCUCCCCAUACUUUUUCUACUAUAUAGAUUUCUAGAAAAAUACUGUUUGUGAUUUAAUAGAUCAUAAACAUUAAUUUCAAGAGAUUAAAAUGAUGUAUAAGACGAAUAUGUAUAAAAUAAAUAUCAAUAGAGAAGUAAAAAUAGAAAGAAAUCAAAUCAGGAGAAAAGUAUAAAUUAGAAAUGCCAAGAAAGCUCAUUUUACUUGUUCCGUGUAAAAAAGUUUUGCUUAUAGGUAUUCUCCAUGGGAGCAACUUAAGUAUUUCAGGUAGGCAGUUAUGUCUAAUGUAUUCAUAUACGUUUAGAGAGGAAAUGUAUAUGAAACGAACAUGUGCUACCUGGGUAUAUUUGUUAUCAAAAGAACAUAACAGAUAAAAAUCAGAAUUAUGAGAUAUACAAACCUAAGAUCUGAACUGUAAAAGUAACCAAAUUGAUAAAAAAGUAAUAAUGUUUAUUGUAAUAUUAUUUUUUUUUUUUAUUUUACAUGUAAAUAUAAUUUAUUUUUAAAUUAUUAAUUGUUUUCGUGAUAUCAGAUGCAAUCGUCAUUCUUUUAUCGGUUGUGCCUAAUGAUACUCGCAUUGAAACUUAUGACUGAUAAAAUUCAAAAAGUUAUUUAUUUUUUAAAAAAAUUCUUCUAUUAAAAUUAUAAAAGUUCAGAUUAUUUACAAACUUUUUAAAUUUUGAUAAUUUUAAUUAGUUUGUGCAUAUGGACAUAAUUAGUGAUUUAAUGUAAACAUAUCUUUAAGAAACUGUGAAAUACCGAUAAUAUAGUGUAUAUUACUUUACAUACACACAUUCACAUACAUAUAUAUUAUAUUCUUGAGAUGAUAUAAUAAGAAAUUUAAUGUUUUAUCAUAUAUAUGUAUUUUGCAAA